ACGGCUGCGGGGACAUACUGCUGCCUGCAGCGGCAGCGAUCUGGUGGCUGACUGGAGUUGGCCUAAGGGAGAAGAAUGGACUCCGGCUGCCCCCGAGCGCCCUGUCUGGCGGUGCUGGCCAAGCGGCCCCUGAGGCUUGCACCCCAAAUGUUUGUCGUCGUGCCUCGGCACUGACGGAUGUGCGGCUCCGGGAAGGGAGGGGCAGUGGGUUAGGUGCUGCAGGGGUAGCAGCAGGGGCUUUUGCUAAAUUCCGUGAUCUGGGGAGCUCCGACAGUCAGGGAAGGCUGCUGGUGGCUAGCUGGCAGGCAAGGGACCCCCUCCUUGUCAUCCGCAAGGAACCGUUAGGGUCUGAGCCAAGAGACUUUUCUCUGUCUGAAAUCAUUGUUUAAGGGUGUCGCGGGAGACUCCUCGGAAAGGUUUUGUGAACUGGGGGGUAGGGUCAGUACCACACCACCUUUGCCUUCCAGCUCUUUGGAGCAUUUCCCCCCCAUAUGGAAAGUGGGAAAGAGCAAACAUGAAUGUUGGAGUUGCCCACAGCGAGGUGAAUCCAAAUACCCGGGUAAUGAACAGCCGGGGUAUGUGGCUGACAUAUGCACUGGGAGUUGGCUUGCUUCAUAUUGUCUUACUCAGUAUUCCCUUCUUCAGUGUUCCUGUUGCUUGGACCUUAACAAAUGUUAUACAUAAUCUGGGGAUGUAUGUGUUUUUGCAUGCUGUAAAAGGAACACCUUUUGAGACUCCUGACCAGGGAAAAGCAAGGCUCCUAACUCAUUGGGAACAACUAGACUAUGGAGUGCAGUUUACAUCCUCACGGAAGUUUUUCACAAUUUCUCCAAUAAUUUUAUAUUUUCUGGCAAGUUUCUAUACGAAGUAUGAUCCAACUCACUUCAUCCUAAACACAGCUUCUCUCCUGAGUGUGCUAAUCCCCAAAAUGCCACAGCUACAUGGUGUUCGGAUCUUUGGAAUUAACAAGUAUUGAAAGGUUUUGAAACUGAAGAAAAACUUUUACAGCUACUGAGUUGCCUGUAAUGAAGGAGUGGUUAGUAAACUGCACUGUUUCUAUGAUGGUUUGAAAUGAGAGGUAUUUACAGUGGAGAGCCUAUUGCUGGUUCUUCAUAAGCUGUUUUGAAGUGCAGAUUUUUACUAGAGGAUGCCUGUGUUUAAUGCAUCUGGUAUAAUUCUGAUGAGAGUCUUUAUAGGCAGACUGGGAAGGCCCAGCUUAUAAGUUAAAUGGCUAUAAAAUGAGGGUGAAGUAGAUAAAUCCAAGAAAAUAGGAGAUUUAUAAGAAAUUAAGACCAGCUUAGCUUAUAAUGAAUGGGCAUUAUGUUAGGAGAAGAAACUUUCCAAUCACUCAGUCAUGUUAGUUUAAGCUGACUUAUAUGUAAAUCAAAAUCAUCUCUUUACAAGUUUAUUGUAGAUCACUUUUAUUACAUAUGUAUUCCUCUUGUGUUAUAUAAGAGGAUAUAGGUACCCUCUUGUUUUAUACAAACCAAUUUCUACCUUAUGAGUGUACUUUUUUUUGUUUUGUUGAUUCAACAUUGUGUGUUGAUGGAUAAGAUCAUUUUUACAUUUAUAAAGUUACUGAGUUUAUGAAGGUCCACUUUCAUGACUGCUUGAUGAUAGAAGAUAACUAGGCAUCUUACAAACAGCCUCUGAGUCAGCCUUCUAAUUUUGAAACAAAGUGGGUUUUACUGCCUUUGCAGACAAGGCUGCUAACCAUUUCAGAAAAUAAUUUAUUUCACACAGUUAAAGUAUACGGUAAUUUAAAAGUCUCUGCUUUUUUGAUUGAGCAAUCUAAUUAUUAAAGUCUACCAUUCUUUAGAAAAGUAAAUAUAAAAUGGACAACUAUAUAGCCAACCUGUGGUCUGGCAGCAACUGCUUCUCUAGCAAUAGUAUCAAAGUAAAUAAUGGAGGCAUUUUUAGCAGACCUGCAGUAAAAGAUAACAGCAUCUUUUCUUAGCCUUCCUGCUCUCAAUCUUCAUACUUCAUCCAAUAGCAUUUUGACUUUCAAUACGUGAGUCUUUGUGUAGAUAAUCCAACUAUUUCCAAAGCGACAACCAUACUGAAUUCUUGUGACUUAGAGAAACUUCCUGUAGUUGCUGCAGUUAAUUACAAGAAAUAAAUAUAUAUACAAUUUCGAAAAGUAAAUACAUCCAAAAACCAAAAUUCUGAUCUUGGGGGUAAAACUGAAAAAACCCAGUAACAUUUGUAAACCAGAUUGAGUGAAAAGAGUUAUAGACCAGUUUAUUAAAACAAUAAACUGGCUUUUGUGGGUAAUGAUCAUUGUUUUGUAUUUCAAGAGUAUUGACUUUAGAAAUCAGUUGUAUGAUAAUUUCUGUGUAUUUUUGUCUUUUCCCAUGUAUUUUUAAAUAACCAGUAAUCUAUACUUCAAUAAAAUUUCUUUUGGUGUAGGA